AUGUUUAUUUAUAUAGGUUCUGAGGAUAGCAAUAAUGAAGAAGUUUUGACAAGUUAUGAACAUAUACAAAAAGAAUCAGAUACAGUAAAACCAGGAUUAUAUGAUGUUAUAGUAUUAGUUUCAUUAUCUAUGUAG